CCCGUGUUAUGUCCGCUACCCAGUCUGUGUCCAAACUCCGGAGUGCGCGUACGUAUAGGAGUUUCUUCGCAUGACACGGAUUUUGUCGCAUGACAACACCGGAAGCGCUUGCUUCAAAUGCAAAAGCUAUUAUACCGGUUACUUCCUGCUGCCAUUAUUCCACUAACGCUGUUGCGGAAAAAGGAAUUCUUAAUAUUCAAGUGCUUCUAAAGUUAUGAACAAAUCAGUGUUGUGAAAACGUUUGAGUUUCUAAAUUGUGAAGUUCUAGUUUGUUUUACAUUUUUUGGAACAACCAGUAACUAUUCAAAAAGUCACGAAAAUGGUUCGCGGAUUAUCACAAUGGACGAAGACUCUUAGUUUUCCAGCAAGAAUCUCUCCACAAAGGCCGGCAAAGUCUUUUCAUGUGAGCCCCAGUGCCAGUCCCACGUCACCACCAAGUCCGGUUAACGACAACAUGGAUAAGACACCAAUUAUUACCGAUGAGAGUUUUCAAGACUUGGAGGCAGAAAAGGCAAUAAUGGGAUCUAUCGUGUAUUGCAUUCAUCACAAGGAUGGAUGCAAAUGGUCAGAUGAACUCAGGAAACUUAAGGCUCAUUUAAAUACUUGCAAACAUGAUGCAAUUCCUUGCAGUAAUAAAUGUGGAGCUAUGAUUCCCAGAGUGCUGAUGGAGGACCACUUAAAAUACACUUGUGCUCAAAGGCGAGCGCGUUGCGAGUUUUGUGCCAAAGAAUUUACCGGUCAUACUUUAGAGAAACACACUGGAACUUGUGGAUACGAGCCACUGUACUGUGAAAACAAAUGUGGAAUGAAGGUUCAGAGGAGACACCUGGGACAACACAAAUUGGGAGAGUGUGCGAAAAGACUGGUAGCCUGUCGUUAUUGUAACAAGGAAUUUGUCUUUGACACUCUUAGUGCACAUCAUGCCAAAUGCGGUCGCUUUCCUGUCGCAUGUCCACAUCGAUGUGAAACUGCAGUUUUACCACGAGAAGACCUUGAAGUUCAUCUUAAAGAUCACUGUACCACACAUCUUCUCUCUUGCACCUUUAAGGAUGCUGGAUGUCGAUUUAAAGGUAAUCGAUUUUCGCUGGAUAAACAUUUAGAUGAAUCGGCAAAAGUGCAUCUCAGUUUAAUGAGUAGUGUCGUCACGAAGCAGCAACACCAGAUCACAAGUUUGAAGUCAGCCAUCAGUAAAUUGUCACUCAAUUAUACAGGUACUCUGAUUUGGAAAAUAUCGGAUUAUGCUGCCAAAAUGACGGAGGCGAAAUCCAAGGAAGGCAUGGAACUUAUUAGCCCACCUUUUUACACUAGUCAAUAUGGAUAUAAGUUGCAGGCUUCAGUUUUUUUGAAUGGAAACGGAACUGGAGAGGGCAGUCAUAUUUCCAUAUACAUAAAGAUUCUUCCAGGUGAAUAUGAUGCUCUGCUACGUUGGCCAUUUUCGCACAGUGUUUCAUUCACUAUGUUUGACCAGACCGUUUUAGCCGAAAAAGCUUGCAACAUCGUUGAGAGUUUCAUUCCCGACCCAACAUGGAAGAAUUUUCAACGACCAAGUCGCGAGCCUGAUUCUCUGGGUUUUGGCUUUCCGCGAUUUGUGUCCCACGAAAUGGUAAAGAAACGUCACUUCGUUAAGGACGACACGAUGUUUAUCCGAGUGAAAGUCGAUCCCAGUAAAAUAGUCGCUGUAUAACUUCACCACCAAAAGUUGAAAGCUUUCGCUUGCGAGACAAAUAAUUUACUCCAUUUUCCAGUUGCACUGUCAGUAAUUAUUGAAAAUAAUCGUCAUUCUAGAGGGAUUUUUAUCUACCUAUGUAUAUUUUAUCGAUUUUAUGUGGAUUUUUUUUUUGAUCCAUUAUAUUCUUCGGAAUAUUUAUUUUAUGUUAGAGAAGGAGGGCGCAGUGUAUUUCAACGCAUUGCAUCACAUAAUAAAUUAAACAAAUUUAGUGCGCUGCUGCUAUAACUUUAAAUCGCUAUAUAAGUACUUUGAAUAGUCCACUAUAUUCACAUAAAAAUUUCAUUAUUUUAAUUUUGUAAAAUACAUAAUAUCUGAGCUUCCAAAUGCUUUCAAAUUCAACUAUAAGCUAAGGUUCAAUUAACAAAUAUUGAAACAGAAAGUGCUUUAAAAUUUUAAAUUGAUAUUUAUCAAUUGAUUCACUAAUUUUGCUCUCUUAUAUAGUUAUCUAUUUAUUAUCUAUGAUAAUCAUCGAAAUCUUGGACUUUGCGAACUGUAUAUAUACUUUACUAUUCACUUUAUUUGUACAAUUUUUAUACGAUGAUUUUGUACUGCAAUCUUUCACAGAAUAUUCGAAACAAGAAGACUAUACAUACAUUUACCAAUUUUCGAUGUAGAAUUCUUUUCAAUUUGAAUAAGAAUUGAGAGCAAAUCGAAGGAAGCAGUCAAAGUUUCAAAUACUAAAAUCAAAGAGUUUAGCAGUUAUAUUAGUUAAGAAAUCAGAUACUAUAAGGUAUAUAUAUUGUAAAUAUUGUGUAAAUGUGGCGAGAUGGGGGUAGCGAAUAGGCAUCUUUUGAUCCCUAUAACUUGAUGCAUUUGUAAAUAUAAAUUUAAUGUUUCUACUUGUAAAAAAAGAGAAAAUGUGAUUUGAGAUGCUAGUGACUGUAUGUAAGAAAGUAACACGAAAAUAAACGUGGAACAAACAAUAAAA